AUGUGGAGGUGGGGUGUGGGGCGGGCGGGGGCCGCAGGGCGGGGCCGAGGGCGGGUCGAGCCGGGCCGUCGCUCCGCAGUCCGCACCAUUCGCCUCACGUCUCCGUAUCGCGCGCUCGUCCCGGCCGCUUGCUCACUCCGUGCCCGCGACCCGACCGCGUCGCACGUCCGCGUUUACUCUCAUCUCGAUCGAGUGCUGUGCAGUGCUUACUUUGACAUUCCGAGUGAUGCGAACACCGUCCGGGAACACUAUCUGAGCGAAAGGGUUGUGCAACGGGCGGAGGGCGGCGCGAAACCGCGCUUGCGCCUGCCGGCACGAUAA